AUGCGCCAUAUUAGUGGGCAUCGAGGACGAGGCAAGGAGGUCAAGGCUACGCAACUGUACACAGUGCACGCAAUCUUGACCAAAUCCAUCGGGCAAGAACGAACGGCUUCUCUUCGCGGGCAGGAGCGCGAGGCAGCAAGAUUCCAAAGCCCAAACACAUUUGCUCGUCAGCUGAACCCUGUAGCACGAGGCACUGCCCUUCUCUCGUCAUCGCAAAUGGAGCUGCCAAGGCACUUGCGAGGCAAGAGUCCUUCCCUGCUAUUCCUCUUCGUUCGUAAAAAGUCCAUCGCGCCUACCCUGCGAAGCCUGACCCGUUCCCACCCACUUCAGCCCAAGUAUGGAAACUGCGAGGAGUGCUGGGGAGGCUCAAAAUAUCACUCCGUCGCUCCUGCAGCUGCGUUUGGCUUUCCCCACAUCACCCCUCCAUUUUGCUGGGCUUCUUUGGCUUUCUUGGCCAAGCACGUUGUAGACAGUCAGACAGUAAAGGAAGGAACUAUUGGCAUCGAAAGGGGGAAGGACCAAACUGCCUUGGCCAUAUCGAACCUUGUUCUUAUUUUUGCGACUUUCACUCUUCUUAACUUCCACAUCGUUUGA